GUUAGAAAUUAUUCAUUUCCUCAAAGAUAGAGAAUAAAUUGGUUGAGGAUGCAAUCUUGUACUAUGCACUUUCUUUGCCCAAAGCAAACACUGAGCAUUUGAGAGCCAUGAGAAUGCUUCUGCAUUUGAGUUUGCUAGCUCUUGGGGCUGCCUAUGUUUCUGCCAUUGCUGUACAAAGUCCCAUGAAUAGGCUGGUGGCAGAGACCUUGGCACUGCUCUCCACUCAUCGAACUCUACUGAUAGGCGACGGGAACCUGAUGAUUCCUACUCCUGAACAUAACAAUCACCAACUGUGCAUUGAAGAAGUCUUUCAGGGUAUAGACACAUUAAAGAAUCGCACUGUACCGGGGGAUGCUGUGGAAAAGCUUUUCCGAAACUUGUCUUUAAUAAAAGAACACAUAGACCACCAAAAAAAAAAGUGUGGAGGAGAAAGAUGGAGAGUAAAAAAGUUCCUAGACUACCUGCAAGUGUUUCUUGGUGUAAUAAACACUGAGUGGACAAUGGAAAGUUGAGAUGAAACUGGCUUAUUGCAGUGAAAGAUUCUGGAGGAGAAGAAGAAUGUUAUUUUUUGCAAUGAGAAUGAGGCCCAACCAAGGGUCAGUGUAAUUAAACUUCAGAUGCAAAGCAAUUUUUCAGGCAUACUGCUACUUUGCUGCCUCACAUAGGCAGAAAAGAUAAAAAUAAAAUAUUUGAGAUAUAUUUCAGAUAUCAGAAUCAUCGAAGUCUUUUCCUCCAGUGUGCUCCAGGCAAAAUAAAUAUGUACUUCAAUCUUAUUUAACACAACAUUCUGUAAAAUGUCUAUUAACUUAAUAUUUAUGUAUGAAAUGAUUGAGAAUUUCAUAAAUCAAUAUUUAUUUCAGGUUGGGCUAUGUUCCAAUAAAACAAAAAUAAACAACUGA